AUGCAUGGCUCUAUGGAAAUCCCAGACAUAGCUGUUGUAGCAUUGUAUUUUAUCCUAGUGAUAUGCAUUGGCUUUUUUGCUAUGUGGAAGUCCAACAGAAGUACAGUGAGUGGAUACUUCCUUGCUGGACGCUCUAUGAACUGGUUGGCAGUAGGUGCUUCACUGUUUGUGAGCAAUAUUGGCAGUGAACACUUUAUUGGGUUAGCAGGAUCUGGAGCUGCCAGUGGAUUUGCAGUGGGCGCUUGGGAGCUCAAUGCACUAUUAAUUUUGCAGCUUUUGGGUUGGGUUUUCAUCCCGGUCUACAUCAGGUCCGGUGUGUACACCAUGCCGGAGUACCUGUCCAAACGCUUUGGUGGCAAUAGAAUCAAAAUCUAUUUUGCUAGCUUGUCAUUAUUAUUGUACGUCUUCACUAAGCUUUCUGUUGACUUGUACGCUGGUGCACUGUUUAUUCGGGAGUCAUUGGGAUGGGACCUGUACAUCUCUGUUAUCAUUCUGAUUGGGAUGACUGCAGCUUUAACCAUCACAGGAGGUCUUGUGGCUGUCAUCUACACAGAUACCAUUCAGGCCGUUCUGAUGAUUAUGGGGGCUUUGACAUUGAUGAUUAUCAGCCUGAUAAAGGUGGGAGGAUUUGAGGAACUCAGGCGCAGAUACAUGCUGGCUUCCCCAAAUGUUACUUCAAUCUUAACCUCUUUUAAUUUAAGUUCUUCGGAAACUUGUCAUAUCCACCCGAAAGAAGAUGCUUUAAAGAUUUUGCGUGAACCAUCUGACGAGGACGUCCCGUGGCCCGGCUUCCUGUUAGGUCAAACGACUGCAUCUGUUUGGUACUGGUGUGCAGAUCAAGUCAUUGUUCAGAGAGUUUUGGCAGCAAAAAACAUUGCUCAUGCUAAAGGAGCGACAUUGAUGGCUGGUUUUCUGAAGCUCUUACCCUUGUUUAUUAUAGUGGUUCCAGGCAUGAUUUCCAGGAUUCUCUUUGUCGAUGACGUUGUUUGCGUUAAUCCCGAGCACUGCAUGCAAGUAUGUGGCAGCAGAGCAGGCUGCUCAAACGUUGCCUAUCCACGUCUGGUUUUGGGCAUCUUGCCUGUAGGUCUCCGUGGCCUCAUGAUGGCGGUCAUGAUAGCAGCUUUAAUGAGCGAUUUAGAUUCCAUAUUCAACAGCGCCAGCACUAUUUUUACACUUGAUAUCUACAAAAUGAUUCGAAAGACUGCCAGCUCCCGAGAGCUCAUGACAGUAGGCCGUCUCUUUGUUGUGUUCAUGGUAUUCAUGAGUAUUGCCUGGGUCCCCAUUAUUGUAGAGAUGCAGGGAGGACAGAUGUACCUUUAUAUCCAAGAGGUAUCAGAUUACCUCACACCACCCGUGGCAGCCCUGUUCCUCCUUGGUGUAUUCUGGAAGCGCUGCAACGAACAGGGAGCUUUCUGUGGAGGAUUGGUGGGCUCAGCUUUUGGAAUCACCCGCUUGAUUCUUGCCUUUAUUUAUCGAAUACCUGACUGUGAUGUAUCCGACACCAGACCAAGUUUUAUCAAAAACAUUCACUACAUGUACGUGGCAGCUGCACUAUUUUGGAUCACUGUCUUUUUGGCGGUCGUGGUGAGCCUGCUAACGCCUCCUCCAUCAAGAGAGCUGAUUCAGACAACCACAUUCUGGGCGUUAAAAGACUUAGAAAUUCUAGAAAGGUGUCAGAAAGUGGAAAUCAAAAAACUAACAGUCAAAACCGUAUCCGAUGGCGGUGCAGGUGAUGCCAAUGGUAACUGCAGAUCAGGCGGUCAGUCUCCAGUAGUUGAUAGAGCAGAAUUGGUUACGUUGAUGCUGGAAGACGAUUCCAAAUGCUUGAACUCUACUUGUGACUCCGAGGGCCAAACACCAAAUGACUGCUGCGUGAGCAGUGAAACCAUCCCAAGGGACCAAACUGCUACAGAGGAGAAACGAUUGGAAGGGAGGAACAAGUGGUGGAAAUUUAUUGAUUGGUUUUGUGGUUAUAAAAGUCACAGUGAGCAAAAGACUGUAGAAAAACAUUCUAUAGAAGAUGAAGUUGUUUGUUUGCAAAUGCUUCAGGAGAGUCCAAACACUAAAUUAUUGUUAAAUAGUGGACUUGUUAUUGUAUGUUCUACUGGCAUAUUUAUGUUUAUCUAUUUCUCUUUAUAAAAUAGAUGUAGAGUUAUGUGGUACACUGAUGUCCUUUCUCUCCUAGUCUUUAUCCCAGCCCCCAAAGUUGUAAUUGUUUUUGAUGUUGUUUUGAGAAAUCAAAAAGCAGGCUUAAAUGAGGUCUUUGGAGCCUGGGAUCUAUGUCAUAGCAAAUUUACAUUGUGGAUUGUCAGUCCUGUUUAUAGCUUGUAGGAAAGUGUUUUAGUAUUUAGUUGUUGUCUUGUUUGGCUCAAUUUAAGGAGCAGUAUUGUGUUUGAUUUAAGCUUUGAAGCCUUUGUAGGAAAAUGAUUGUAUCACUGUUUGAUCAUGUAUGUUAGGUAGCUUCAAUGUUUUUCUGUGCUUUUUGGAGUUUUCUCAUUAUAGUCAAGGUAGUUAAUUUUCUGUAAAAUAAUGGGUGAGCCAGAGAUGUGUGUAGAGUUUGUUUUUAGCUGUUGAAACACUGGUAAUUCCCAUUAAGGGACACUUAAGGUACACCUUUUCCAAUCACCAACAGUUGUUUUCUAAUCACCGAUUUAUUUUAUAUGAUAGACUCAGGUUCUUUGCUACUUUCCUACCUGCCUUUAUUCUCUAAAAGAAUGACUGGCACUGUUGAUGGUACACAGAAGAGAGUUGUUGUAACACAAAAUACUGAUUUGUUGGAGGUGCCAGACUGGAAGAACAAUGGAUGUAUUUUGUAUUAUGUAGAAAUUGGAAUGACUUCUUAGCACAGAAAAAUAACCUCACGCAUACUAUACUGUAAGAGCUUGUUAAGAUAUUGUACAAAUAUCAAUCUUUUUAGAAGAAUAUAAUUGCUGUACUCUCAGUAAAAGCAUGCAAAGCAAUUAGUAGUAAAUAUUUUGCAAAACCCUUCUGA